GAGUGCACACUACAGGAGAAAGGUAGAGAAUUGGGACGCACUGCAUAUCCUUCCAAAAUGACAGAACCAACUGUAUCCCACUCAGUAAAUACUCAGGUCAUGCAAUCACAUGAAAACUCUGAUAGUGACAAGAGCCAACAAACAGAGUACAGCCUGCUGCAAGUGAACGGGGCAUGGAACAGACAGAUUGGUGGACAGACUCAGAAGGAGGGACGGUUAUCAGCUGCUAAAAUUUUCCAGAGCACAUCAGAACAUGGCCUCUCCUGGACAGUGGUCAGCCCUAUUGUGUUCACCUACAGAGUGAUCCAAUGCCACAACCUGCUGGAUGUUGGGAAUGACACACUGCUAUGUGGUCAUAUAGAGGACCAGGAUGAGCUCAAGGCCUUCAGAAGCAACACCAAGCCCAUCAAACGCUUCAUUAUCAUUGAUGAGACAGUCAAUCAGCUCUAUGGCUCCCAGGUCACCAGGUAUUUUGAGGCCAGAAAUGUUCUCUAUAGGAUCCUCCCACUGCCCACUACAGAGGAGAACAAGUCCAUGGAGCUUGUGACCAGGAUUCUGGAGGAGGUCCACAAGUUUGGCAUAGACAGGCGCUCUGAGCCCAUCAUUGCUAUUGGAGGAGGGGUGUGUCUGGAUGUGGUGGGCCUAGCUGCUUCUCUCUACCGCAGACGAACCCCCUAUAUCCGUGUCCCGACCACCCUGCUUUCCUACAUUGAUGCCAGUGUGGGGGCUAAAACUGGAGUCAACUUUGCCAAUGGUAAGAACAAGCUGGGGAGUUACAUACCCCCGGUGGCAACAUUUUUAGACCGGACCUUCAUCCGAACUGUUCCUCGCAGGCAGGUUUCUAACGGAAUGGCAGAAAUGUUAAAGAUGGCUCUAAUGAAACACAGGGGUCUGUUUGAGCUCCUGGAGACUAAAGGCAGGUACCUGUUGGACUCCAGUUUCCAAUCCCAUGACAAGAUCAGUGGCUGCUGUGACCUGGAAGAUGCUGCCUCUUCGUCCACACGGAUUGCCAUAGAAACCAUGCUAGAGGAGUUGGCUCCCAAUCUGUGGGAGGAUGACCUGGACAGACUGGUGGACUUUGGCCAUCUAGUCAGCCCUGAGCUAGAAAUGAAAGUGCUGCCUGCGCUGCUCCACGGGGAGGCAGUGAACAUUGACAUGUCCUUCAUGGUGUACGUGGCCCACCAGAAAGGGCUCCUGACAGGAGAGGAGAAGGCCCGGAUCAGCCACUGCAUGGUGGGGCUGGAGCUGCCUGUGUGGCACCAGGAUUGCACUCUGGCCCUGGUGCAGAAGUCUCUGAGCGAACGACUGAAGCACUCUGCAGGGUCCCUGAGGAUGCCUCUUCCCACAGGACUGGGCUGUGCAGAAAUCUUCCAUGACAUCAGUGAUGAAAUCCUGUGCCAGGCUUUCAAGAUCUGGUGUGAUGAACUUGGUUCUUCUUGACAUCUGGAGAUAACAAUAUCCACACUGAAUACACUGACGCCAUGAUGAGCUGGUGAAGAUGAAAUACUGUGUUUCAUAUUCAAUAUGUUUCAGUCAACACACAUUUACUCGAAGUCUAAAUAUGAAUAUAAAUAAUAUACAGUGUCUACAGAAAGUGUUCACAUCCGUUGACUUCUUCCUAAUUUUGUUGUUUUACUGGCCGAAUUUAAAAUAGAUUCAAUUGAGAUUUAUUUGGUCAUUGGCUUACACACAAUACCCCAUAAUGUCAAAAUGGAAUUAUGUUUUUCGAAAUGUUUACAAAUGAAUAAAAAAUGAAAAGCUGAA